AUGAAGAAUGAUGGCGUUUCGAAGCAUUCCAAUGCGAAUGUGGAAGACGUAUUUGUUAGUACAACAUUGCAGUCUACAUUCGAGAAACUAUUACUAAAUGAUUUUGAAAGCUAUUUAAAAAUGAAAUAUGCAAACCAGUUUAAAGACGGGAAUUCAACAAAAUUAGCUAACGGCAAAACUUUUAAUUCAGACAGUAAUACCAAUGGUACCGCACUGCUUCGAAACUACCUGAAGAGUAACACAAGACCAAAGCUGGAAUUAUCUUCUUCGGGGAACUUAAAGCGGCAAUUGGAUAACAACAUCAAAGCUUACAACAAUACGUUUUCAACCAAUGAUAACCUCUCUGAGUCAACUCUGCUGCCUGAAGCAACUAGAACUGUUAUUUCUGAUAUCAAUAAUGUCCUCCCUGAAUCAACUCUGAUGCCUGAAGCAACCAGGAGAGUUAUUUCUGAUUUCAAUGACGUCCAUCCUGAAUCAACUUUACUGCCUGAAUCAACUAGAACAGUUAUUUCUGAUAUCGAAGAUGUUCCUGAAUCAACACUACUGCCUGAAGCAACUCGAAAAAUCAUUUCAGAUAUCAAUGAUGGCCUUUCUGAAACAACUUUGCUGCCUGAAGCAACCAGAACAGUUAUUUCUGAUAUCAAUGAUGUGCUUCCUGAAUCAACUCUACUGCCUGAAGCAACUAGAGCCGUUACCUCUGAUACUACAAAUGACGACAUAAAAAUUAGCACUUUCAUGCCGGAAAAUACAAGAUUAUACACUUUUGUGAAAAAUGAAGAUGAUAAUGUAAACACCAAUGAAACUACUUCGGCGAAAGAUAAUAAUGAUAAUGAAAAUAAUGACUGGAAUACAGAUGAAAGUAAAUCCGAACCUACUUCGGAGAUUUUCGAAAGUGAAAAUGAUUAUAAUAAAUUGAAGACAACAAAAAGUCCGUUUGAAACGAGUUCGAAAGAAAUCAAUUAUGUUGAAAAUACAAACAGUUAUGAAAAUGAAGUCUCAAAUGGAAAUAAUUCCCGUGGUAUUUUGGAACAUAAUAACGCUAACGCUUACUAUAAUAACAACGAAAAUAUUACAAGUACCCAAAAUCAGCUUAUUGUGCAGAUGAAGGUGGAAAUAUCCAACGACAAUUUCACGUCUGGAAACGAAACUGCUUAUAAAAAUGACAAAAUGCGAAAAUUUUAUUCCUGA